UCCGAGUAAAGGGGCGGGGUUUGUUCUCGGCGGCGGCGGCCGGGCCCGGCCCUGCCCCGGCCCGCCCUCCUUGAGUCACCAUUCGGGGGAAACGGCUCCGCUCCCUCUCCCCAUGCGCUGGCGGCGCUUCCUCUGCCGCGCGCUGUCAGGUGAGUGCGGCGCGCGGUUUUCGGCCUCCCCCUCCCCCCCGCACGCGCCCCAACCGUUGUCCUCAGCGGUGUUUCACCGAAAGCUUCCCCCCCUGCUCCCGCGACCCUUCGCCUUGGUUCCUCCCUCCCCGCUCCCGCUCCCCGCGCUUCGCGGGCGUCGCCCCUCAAGCUGCCUCUUCUCCCCUCUUCAAAGCCUCCUUGGUGUCGGGGUCGCUUGACCGGCUGGGCCUCGCUGUCGGGCGCUCCCAUCCCUUUUCACCGCCGGUGUCACCCCUAAAGAGUUCCCCGCCCGCCUUCCUCCUUGCGGUCCUCUUUGGAGAGCUCCGCGCGGCUGCUCCCGCCGCUUUCCUGCCCCUGCAAGGACUUGGCUGCUGCAAAGAAACCCUGAUCCUCUCCCUGCCUUUGCACGAUCACUUUCAACACCUCUUCUCCCUCCACCACCGUGUGUUGUUAUCAUUCCUUUCAUUUCUGCACCGCUUUCUAUUCUUAAGGGGGAAAAAAACGCUUUUUUGCAGCUUACAUUAAAUCAUCAAAUAAAACAACCCAGAAUAAAAACGUUACUGAAGAAAGUCAAGUGCAGUAUCCAUUCGAAGCAACAUAAUUAACAGGAAACUUAAGAUAUCUUAAAUAUUUCAAAAUAAAACAUUGCAAAAUGCACGUUUUAAACCGCAUACUUAGCAAGAGGAUUCAGGGGUGAGGGUGCCUAUGCCUGCUAGCGUUUUGCCCGGUGAGCCAAUGUCACUCCUGGUUUUAGAGUUGUUCAAAUCAGCCGCAAGAUUUUCCCGUGCAAACCAUCACUUAAAAACAGAAUUAAAGUGGUAAUUAAAUAUUUGAAAUAACAGACCAAGGGAUAGACUUCCUUGUCAAAUCUGCUCCUUGGCAUGACGUUGCAUCUCCUUGCCCUUAAUACUAUUCAGGGAGCAAAGAAGAGUUGUGAUGAAUUGGUUUAUAUUUAUGGCAGCAGGAUUUGGAAGUAAUACACUUCUUGGGAUAGAAGCUGGAGGCAUGGACUUUCUGCCCCUGACAGCUUUCGGAAUGGUCUUGGUUACUGGUCAGAGUUUUGAACUUAAUUAAAGAAGAAGAAGCAAUCUGCCUUCCUUGGGUGUUACCAAUCUUCAAGUUUGUGCUAUAUUCAGAGGAAUUAUUGUGUACUUGGUUUCUCCUUAAACAGAAGUUCUGCUAUGUAUAGCACAAAUAAUGAAAAUGAAACUUCUAAGGGGUGUGGAAGUAACAGGAUCCAGUCUACAAAAUUGGCAUGUGCUCAAAGUAACUCAUAAUAAACUGGAUCCUGGAAGGAAAUAACAAAGCUAACAAAACCAAAAGCCUCCCCCCCCCAGAGGUGAAUCUGCAUAUUAAUUAGUACUUCUGAAGUUUUGUGCAUCUGCAGUUAUCUUCAAGAAAUCACAUAGAGUUUAGAAUACUUAGUGCCCAUUUCAAACUUAACUGAGUGAAGCAUCUUAUGCAUGCCGUUGGUGGUUAAUACUCACAUGUCUGGUGAUUUGAGCAGGAUGACUUUUAUUUCCAUAUAACUCUCCAUUAAGCACUGCACGAAAACAACUGAAGCAGGAAAUGUCCAAUUACCACUGCCCUCUGCUGGGAAUACACACGGCCUGCUCCCUUAGUAGCUAGUUCAUAGCUUAUAAACAUGUGCAGCCUUUGUAAGCUGGAACAAAUUUAUUACUAGAGCCUUGGCUGUGUGCCACUGGGAGCUACUUCAAGUAGAAAAACAGACAAGUUUUCACUCCUUCUUAAUUUACUUAAAUGUGUAGUCUUCACUGUCCUGAUCUUUACACGACUUUAAAACACUUAACAGUUUUGUGUAUAACUAGAGAACUGAUUAUUUGGCUGUUUGCUUCAAAUUGGUAUAGAGUUAGCUCUCAUCUCUCAGUUCCUUUGCUUCCCUCAUUCUCAGCCCUCCUGUCUGCCAGGGAUAUAACUAAUCAUGUAUGACUUAUGAAUCUUCACACUGCACCAUUUGGCUUUUGGGGUUCCUGACCAUUUAGCUUUCUAAGAUCUUGAAGCCUUACCCUUCAUGUGUGUGUUUUUUCCUCCAGCCAGGCUUCCUUUUCUUCACUUACAUCAGAUGUGAAGCAUUCCAUAACUGAUUAUUGCCUCCUCUCUUCACAGUUGGAAUGUUUGUGAAUAUUCCAUUAUGGCACUGUAACUCAGCUAGUGGCUGAGAUUGAAGAUGAAAGAGAAAAGCUGGCAGAAAGGCAAUAAGAUAGAUUUCUAGCCAGAUGUGUCAGUAAUAAUGACUAGACAUCUGCAUAUCCACAUACCAGGGGCAACUGAGUCCAGCACCACACAGAGUGUUACUGGGGGUUGUCAUUUCCACUGUCCACUGCAGUUUUUGAGCAGGUAAUAAAUGGCCAGGGUCCUUUCUGAGCAGCAGGAUAGACUCCUGUUGUGUCUUGCUUCUUCCAUACCUUUUACCAACGAAAGAUCUCCCAAAGAACUGAGAGUCUCCUGUCUUCCAUGUCUUCCAUUCAUCAGGAUUUGGUUUGUCUUCUCACCUGUGUUUGGAUAACUAAAUUUAGGCAGCCAGUUAUGGAAACGUCCAGCAGUGUUCUUGAGUGGCUUAGCUGUGAGGUGACAGGAAGAGAUUAUUGCUUGCUGUGGAGGGAGCAUCUGAUUGCAAAAGCAUCUCUUGGAUUUGUUGGCCAGUAUGAAUACAUAAGCAUGACACCUUCUUAUGCAUUGUAAGUUUAAAACCAUGGAAUUUAUCCUUUUUGCCAUGUUUUGCCUUCACCUUUUCAAGCUUUCCUUAGGAAGCCAUGAAGACUAGAAACCUACUGCUUCAAACCAGGGUGGGGGGAGAUCUAAAGAAUCUUUCCUAGAUGGAGGAUAGAGAGGAAUGUGUAUAGGAAGUAGCCAAUUAUACCAAGCCUGGAUAACUCAGUGGAUUAGAGCGUGGUGCUGAUAACGCCAAGGUUGCAGGUUUGAUCCCCAUAUGGAACAGUUUCAUAUUCCUUCAUUUCAGGGGCUUGGACUAGAUCAGGCUUCCUCAACCUUGGCCCUCCAGAUGUUUCGAGACUACAAUUCCCAUCAUUCCUGACCACUGAUCCUGCUAGCUAGGGAUCAUGGGAGUUGUAGGCCAAAACAUCUGGAGGGCCGAGGUUGAGAAAGCCUGGACUAGAUGAUCCUCAGGAUCCCUUCCAACUCUACAGUUCUAUGAUGCACUUGCUGCCACACCCAUUCCUGCCUCUGGUCUAUCCCACUACUCGCAUGUGCCCACUCCAGGCCUGUACAGAGCUUGUCUGAAGCUUGGGGCAGGAGUCCCUGGUUGGCUGGGAGACACGGGGCAUUCUUGGCAAGGCAGCAUAAGUCCGUCAGGCCCCUGGCAGGGUUCCCCAGCUGGCUUAGCCCUCUACAGGCCACAGCAAGUGCACCCGGCUGCUACUGUUAAGCAUUUGUGAGUUGGAAAUCCUUGCUGAAAUCAUACAGAGAUAUACCAGUAGAUGCAGGCCUUCCUGCAGUUAUUCACAGGCCUGAUUCUGAUGCACUGUUUUCCUGUUACAAGAUCAAAGAGGAGCAAAGUCCUUUAGAAGGCCAGUGGUGGCCUGUUGCAAAUUGAGUUUCAGAAUAACCAUUGGUUUCUUACUCUUCUUGUCGUUUGGCUUUAACCUUUCAACCAGCGAAUAUGCUUUUUUGCUGCCCUUUGGUCCCACGUUAUGAAAUUCUGGGGAAGGUGCACUUUACAAAAAGGACAAGGCUAUAAAUAGGACCGGUGAUUAAAAGUGCCUAAUCACGCAACCUCUCUUGAGGCUAGAAUGAGAACCACCCUCUAAUCUUCUUUUCUCCCAAUGCCAAGCUGCUCCGUCUUUUCUUCCUCUAAGCUUGCGUGAUGCCCAGAACGUGCUUUGUUGAUCUCUUUCUAUGUUUAUAUUUUGCCUUCUUUGCUGUCCUUCCAGUGUAAUCUGUGAGGAAGGCCGGAACUUGGUGGUAGAACAUCUGCCUUGCAUGCAGAAGGUCUCAGAUUCACUUCCAGCUUUUCCAGGUAGGGCUGGAAGAGACCUGUGCCUGAAACUCUGCCUGUCAGUGUAGACAGUAUUGAGCCAGAUGGCUCAAUUUUGCAAUCUCCACCCAAAAUUCUUGCUAUCUUCCCAUCCAUUUCCCCUUUCUCUGUGACACUUCCUAGAACAUAUGCAGAAAUGUGGGUCUUAGAAGCAGCUUGGAUGAAUUUAUUCAGUCUGCAUUGUGCUGGACUUGCGGCAGGGAAGCAUCCUACGCUGGUUAUCUGCAAAAAUUCUGACCUCUUGGCAGUGGAAUGCUCGGGAGUCCAGCUUCUGUGGGAAAGGGUGGUUGUCACUUUGGCUGUGGAGAAAAUCUUCUGCACAUCUGAUUGGGAAGGUUGCCAUAGAUAAAAAGUUGUUGAGCUUUCUUUUCUUUUCUUUUUUUUGCAAAAUCUCAAGAUGGCUCCUUCAGUUGUGCAGGGCUUUUCAGGUGCACAGAGGGCCUCAGAUGCCCAGCACAACUGUUGGGAAUUGUGACUAUUAUUAUUCCAUUUAUAUCCCACCAUUCCUCCAAAGAACUCAAGGUGGCGCACAAGGCGCUCCCACUCUCCAUUUGAUCUUCACAACAACCCCGUAAGGUAGGUUAAUAAUAAUAAUAAUAAUAAUAAUGAUGUGUUACUGUCAUUCCUCAGGGACAACAAAGUACUGACUGCUCCAUAAAAGCACUAAUUAAUCAAUGCAGUAUAAUACAGCCAGGAGAUUAGAUGACUCUCAAAGUCCAGGCUUCCCAUUCAGGGCCGAGAUCGCUCUGGAGAAGGCUGUUCCUAAGACAGCACUGCGUCUUGUCUUCAUCGUCCUGUAUCUCCGAUCCCGACAGCAAGAGCUCGAAGAGACAGUGACUAGGAUGCGAUGGAUCUUUUACUAUGUCCAGUGCCUUCCUAUGGCACCUUGUGGCAUAAAUCUGCUCUAAGGAUGAAUGAGUGGACAGCCAACAAUGCUCUCUGAUUCCUUAACAACCCUUCACAACCCCAUCCUUUCCUGGGUAGUACAGCUUCAGUACCACACACAUAAGCCAUAAGUGAGCACGCUCUCAAUGGCACAGUGAUAGAAGGCAAGCAGCAGUUUCUGCGGAAGAUGGUUUUCCUUAGUAUUCUCAAAAAGUACAGUCUCUGCUGCGCCUUCUUCACAAGCCCCCUUGUGUUGACACUCCAGGACAGAUCCUCUUGUAAUUCAAUGCCCAAAAAUCUGAACGUUGUUGCUGAGAAAGAGUGACUGACCCAAGGACACCCAGAGAGCUUCAUGGCUAAGUAUGGAUUGGAACCCUGAUCUCUCAGGUCCAGCACUCUUAACUACCACCCUAUGGUGUCCAACACAGCACUGCACAUUUAUUUGUAUAUUAUCUCUGAUCCUGAAGAUGGAGAGGAGGGCUGGGGCUUGUUUUCCAUGGUGCUUAAGACUAAUCUUCUGGUGCGUUUCUAGAAUGCUUCUCUACCUCACAGGGUGCAGGAUAGAGCAAGAGACUGCCUUUGGCCUUGUGCUGCGUUUUGGAGACACAGCAUGAGAUCUCCCUGUACCUAGAAAGCAAGCGCAUCUGGCGAAGGGCUGGAACAGAACCUUUCUCCCUGCUGUGCUAGAUUUCUGUUUCUCAGGGAAUUGGUUAUGUUUUCAUUGUUGCUGCUUUUAAAUGUGGAGGAGAGUUUAAAAUUACAGUUCUUCCACCUUCAUUCUGAAGUGUUGCAGUCAAUUCUAUCGUCUCUGACUUUCCUCAGUAGCCAAAACAGGGAUGACAGUGUAUUGAGGGGCAGGGACCCCAGGACAUUGAGGCUGUCUUGUCCCUGAUAAAUAAGGACAGUUGAGCAGUAUGUAAGUAGCACCCUUGUGGGUACCGUUUCUCACUUGUGAUUCUAAAUGAAUGCAGUGUUUAUUGUAGGUUGGUGUGUGUGUGUUUAAGUCAAUGCUUUGUGCUCUUCAUCUACUGCUUUCCCUUGGCUGUGGAAAAAGUGGGGUGGAAAUAUUAUAAAUAAUUUGACAAAUAUGCAUUCAAUUAAAACUCCUUUCUGAGGGCAGCAUUUGCUUUGAAGCAGAAGGUACGCUCCACGGAGUUAAGCUCAGGGUGUGGCUGAAUCUUCUAAGCUAUGUAAAGCAGGAGGAGGGAGUGUGGAGGAAACCACAGGAGGUGAUUAGGGAUUUGGGGGGCGGUGGCUUCUCAUUGGCUGUCUCAAGGUGAAAGAUCUGGAAAUUAGUAAGACUUUAGGCGCUCACAGAUAGACAGGUGCUCUACCUGCGCUGCCCUUUCCCUGUGUUGUCAGGAUCGGUUUGUUAGGCACUCAAAAAAAAGAACAGCAAAAGCCUAUCAGGGAAUUUUAGGAGGACCCCAGAAAAGCAAAAAGGUAAGAUGUGAGAAAACUCUGGGAGUGCUGGCGUGGUGUGGAUGUCUGCAGCUGCUACCCAAAAAAUAGCAGCAACGCUUUGCAUCUGACUCACUUUCAUUCACCUUUGUCUGGCUUCUGAGUAAAGGGCCAAUUUGAAGUUUAAAAGACAGAAUUCUUUAAAAAAAAAAAAAAAUCCAGGAUGAUGGGGGUUCAGACAAGUGCUUCCUCUUUCCUAUAGCUUUGAUCUCAAGCGACAAAAAGAUUGAGGAUGUGGAGGAUACCCUUUAAGAGGAAUUGCUAACGCAUUUGCUUGUGGGUUAGACAAAAUUAGGAAAGAUUACCCAGGAAAGGAUAUGACAGAGGUCUAUAAAAGUAUGUUUGGUGUGGUAAAAUGGGAUCGAGAAAAGCUCUGGCUGGCUGAUGGGAACUGUAGUCCAAAAUAUCCGGAGGCCACCAGGUUGGGAAAGACUGUGUUAAAACAGAUAUUCCAUAUUGUGGUAGCUGUUAAGCCUUAGUUCUGUUUGCUGAAUGUUGUUUGUGGGGAGGUUGUCUUUCUGUUCUGAAAGCGUUAGGACAGCUGCGUGCAGUUAAAUGCAUAUUAAAGUGCAGCAAAUGGGUGAAAAGGCAGAUAACGCCUCUUUCUUUGCGACAGUGGGAAGAGAGUUAACGUGCAAAGGGUGUGCUCUGAUACAGGGCAGAGUCCCACUCUGGUUUUGUGCAGUCUGUAUUCGAAGCCCCCAUCCCCUCUAAUGCCCCAAUCUGAAUUUUGUGCUUAGGAAAGUGACAUUCUGCUAUAAGAGUAUAUUGUGCCUGUUACUUAAUGUUGCCAUGUUCUGCUUCCAGGUUGCAAGCUAUAAAAAUAUAGAGAGAGGGGUAACUGUGCUAGCCUGCUGUCGCAAAAGCAACAGAGUUUUGUGGUGCCUUAAGGACUAACAGAUUUUAUUGCGGCAUAUGCUGGUCUUGAAUCCAUGAAAGCUUGCGUUGUAAUAAAUUUGUUAAGACUUUAUGGUGUAAUGAGGCUCGUAGUAAUACCUGUACAAUGAGAGAUGUGCUCAUACAGCAGUUUAAGAAAACUGGUUGGCAAAAAGCCCAAUCCCAUUUUUCAUUCGGGUUGUGUACAUGUAUCUAAAGCACAUCGCACACAUCCUGGGGACCGUAGUUUACCACGACAGUGCCAAGUCCAGCUCCAUUUACAAACCACAGUUCCCAUGAUGGCUUGUCAGGGGAAUAUAUUUAACAUUGCUUUAAAAUUAUGGCAAACGUGCAGUUUCCCAAGGGAAAGCUCUCCUGGCCUCAUCCUCCAGCUACAAUAUGUAUUAGGUUAAUGAUGCUAACCUACCUCACAGGGUGGUUGUUAAGGUAUCAAGUUGGAAUAUGCUGCCCAACACAGGGGCUCCUUUGGGAGGAAGAGUGGGAUAUAGAUGCAAUCUAGAAUUUCGUGUUCAAAGGCUCAAUUUAUCCACAGUGUUGAGAGCCAGUGUGGUGUAGUGGUUAUGAGCAGUAGUCUCGUAAUCUGGUGAACCGGGUUCGCGUCUCCGCUCCUCCGCAUGCAGCUGCUGGGUCACCUUGGGCUAGUUACACUUCUCUGAAGUCUCUCAGCCCCACUCACCUCACAGAGUGCUUGUUGUAGGGGAGGAAGGGAACGGAGAAUGUUAGCCGCUUUGAGACUCCUUCAGGUAGUGAUAAAGCGGGAUAUCAAAUCCAAACUCUUCUUUUUCUACUACUCCCGAUGGCGCAUUCUUCCAUUGUCUCUUGAGACAGACUGAUUCCAACAAAAUGAGUGGCCUUGGGCAAAUCCUUUGCCUGAGCCUUAGCUUCCCAUCUGUAUAAAGGUAAAGGUAAAGGUACCCCUGACCAUUAGGUCCAGUCAUGGACGACUCUGGGGUUGCGCGCUCAUCUCGCUAAUGGUACUAAUAAUCUGUUUCACAGGAGUUUUGUAGUGAAGUGAGGUGGUGGCAAUAAAGCCUUGGAAAUGCUAGAUAAAAAUAUCCAGUUUGUUCGCAAGGCAGAAAGCAGCACUGUGAGGUUGUUGUUUUUUUGCUUUCCGACUUCGGCUUUGCAUGGGGAAUGCGCUGGACGGGCAUUCUUUAUGGAUGAAUCGUUCAGGCUAAUGCACUUUGACUUUAAGCUCCAUCAGCUAAGCUAUAGCUCUUGGGACAUCUGUGUUUCCUUUAGAAAUGCACCAGGUAAGCAAAGGGCUGUAGAGCAUGGAUGGGUAGUACAAUGGCAAAUUAAGAGCAUGAGCACAGUCUAUAUAUGCUCAGUUGUUUGGCCCCUGGGUACCACCAGUUGUGGGGGGAUCAUGUCUGCAUCUUGCUAGCUUAGAAUGACAGAUGAGAUAGGCCUUUGGUCUGAUGCAGCAGCCGGGCUCUUAUGUGCUUGAGCUCCUAUGAUUUUCUGACUGAGAGUUGCCUUGUGAAAUGAGUUGUAUGUGUGUGUGAGAGAGAGCAAGACCAUCUCACCUCUUCUCCAGGCCCUACCCUUGGCUGUGUUUCACCAGAUGCUAACUGUUCUGGUCAGAACACACCUCUCAGUCUCCCAUGUCUCUAUGCUUCCACCCUCCCCUUUUUGCUCCUGCCCUGAAUAUGAAAUUUGGUGGUUGCUAAGCAUGAGAAUAGGUCUGAGGGGAGGGCAGGGGUUGGAGUACUGGCUGCUGAGGUCCCAAAGGCACUGGUGGGCUCUCCAACGCCUGGAUAACAUGUGGAAAUUCCCCAGAGCAGUUCCUAGGGAGAUGGCUUCCAAAAAAAUAGAGCUUCAAACAUUGAAAGCUUCUCAAAACAGAUGUCCACAGAAAAUUAUAUAGUUGUUUAACUCUUUGACAUCUCUGAGGAGAGGACAUUCCACAGGGUGGGCGCCACUACCGAGAAGGCCCUCUGCCUGGUUCCCUGCAUCUUCACUUCUCACAGUGAGGGAACCACCAGAAAGCCCUCAGAGCUGAACUUCAGUGUCCAGGCUUAAUGACUAGGUAGGGACGCUCCUUCAGGUAUAUAGGGCCGAGGCUGUUUAGGCCUUUAAAGGUCAACACUAACACUUUGAAUUGUGCUUGGAAACAUACGGGGAGCCAAAGUGUUAUAUGGUCCCAGCGGCUGCUCCCAAUCACCAGUCUGGCAGCUGCGUUCUGGAUUAGUUGUAGCUUCCGAGUCACCUUCAAAGGUAGCCCCACGCAGAGCGCAUUAUAAUCCCACAUUUCUACAUAAUCAUUCGGGGAGGCUACAGGAAUACAUAAGAAGGUAAGAAGAGCCUGCAGGAUCAGGCCAAUGGCCCACCUAGUCCAGCAUCCUUUUCUCACAAUGGCCAACCAAGAUGCCUUUAGGAAACCACGAGCACAUGAGCGCUGUCCCUUCCUGUGGUUUCCAGCAACUGCUAUUCAGAAGCAUUGCUGCCUCUGACCACGGAGACAGCUUAGCCAUUAUGGCUGAUAGCCUUUUCCACCAGGAAUUUGUCCAGUCCUCUUUUAAAGCCAUCCAAGAUGGUGGCCAUUGCCUAGUUCCCUAGUUUAUUGGCUGUGUGAAGAAGGAAUUUUCUGUCCUGGAUCUUUUAACAUUAAGCUUCCUUGGAUGUCCUCGAGUUCUAGUGUUAUGCAUCCAUAAGCAAUCUCCCAAGUAACAGAAAGCAUACAUUUCUAAUGAUGAAACAACUUUCCCCCAGUUAUGACGGGACCAAGGCCAGUUGUCCUGAGCGGGCCGUCCGGUGCGGGGAAAAGCACUCUGCUGAAGAAACUCCUGAAGGAUUAUGAGAACGUCUUCGGCUUCAGCGUCUCCCGUGAGUGAGUUCAUUUCUGCUGGGCUGGUGGUGAAGCAGUGUGUUCGCAUCAGGGUUGUCACAAGGAAGGCUGGCAGGUCCUUGAGCUUUGCCCCCUAAAUUAGGUAAAGGUAAAGGGACCCCUGACCAUUAGGUCCCAUCGUGGCCGACUCUGGGGUUGCGGCGCUCAUCUGGCUUUAUUGGCCGAGGGAGCCGGCGUACAGCUUCCAGGUCAUGUGGCCAGCAUGACUAAGCCGCUUCUGGAGAACCAGAGCAGCGCACGGAAACGCCGUUUACCUUCCCGCCGGAGUGGUACCUAUUUAUCUAUUUGCACUUUGAUGAGCUUUCGAACUGCUAGGUUGGCAGGAGCAGGGACCGAGCAAUGGGAGCUCACCCCGUCGCGGGGAAUCGAACUGCUGACCUUCUGAUCGGCAAGUCUUUGUGGUUUAACCCACAGCGCCACCUGCGUCCCUGCCCCCUAAAUUAAGCCAGCGCUUAUUAUGAUUAAUAUUAAGGUAAUUUAUAUACCGCUUUGUGCUUCAGAGGAAGCUUCUCUAACCCCUCCAAAGCAGGAAUUGCAGCUAAAGAAUCCCCGACAGAUGGCCAUCCAACCUCUGUUUAAAAAUCUCCGAUGAAAAGAGCCCACCGCCUUCUCCUUUGAAGCUCUCUUGCCUGUUUAUCUGCUUUUAAAAGUAGGGCAGAGGAACUAGCAACAUUAGUCCCUUGGCUUGGCUGUUUGUAUUUUUAAAAGAAGUCAAAGCCUCCAGUUAAACAGAGAAGGCUCUUUCGAUCAUUGCAGGGGCCAGAGAGGGAGAAGCACGUUCCUUUCUUUUUGGGUUUCCCAACCACUUGACAAAACAUGCAACGUGUGUUAAUGGUGCGUUUUAAAAAUAUUUAUUGCUUGCAGAUACCACAAGGCAACCAAGACCCGGAGAAGUGAACGGAAAAGGUCAGUGCCCAGCUCCUAGCCACCACCGUCACAGGAGAUGGGAGAUUAGCUAAAGUGUUUCUCUAACGAAACAACUGGUUCUAGGCUAGUUAGGGGUGGGACUGGAUGGGUUUAGGCCUACCAGAGGUUGUUCGACUCCAUCUCCCAUCAGCACCAGCCAGCAUGGCAAAGGAUGAUGGGAGUUGUAGUCCAGCAACAUUUGCUUAGUUAGGGGUGGAUAUGUUGGUGAGUGCAUGGAUGCACUGUUAGGUGUUUGUAGUGUAUCUUUGGAACACUUUGGGGUCAGUAUUAGAAACUCAGAUAUAUAGUUCAAUCACCAAAUGGCACCUUAAACCUAGGUUGCGGGUGCCACAAUGGAAGGUCUAGGUGCCAUUUCCCCCCCUCACCAUGGGAUGAUGAUGAUGAUGAUUUUCAUGUCUAUACCACUUUAUAUUUCAGAGAACAAAUCUCAAAACGGUUUGCAACACAUUGAAACCUCAAAUAAAACAAUUCAGAAUAAAACAAAUAUGUUAGCUCCUUCUCUAAGUGACAUUUUGCUUCCCCCACUCGCAAACCUGCCACCCACAGAUCUCCAUGUGGUCGCAAUUGGACCCAUGCCAGUCACAAAGUGCGCCUGGCUAAUUUCUAACACUGCUUGGGGUGUGGCGUCUCUGGGGGCAGGCAUGCAUGCACUAACACAAAGGCAUGUAGAAAGCUCAUUUUCCUCUCCCCUCCUGCCCCGCAGAUUACCAUUUUGUGACCAGGGAAGAGAUGCAGAAGCAAAUUGACGCUGGAGGCUUCAUUGAAAAUGCAGAAUUUUCUGGGAACAUGUACGGAACAAGGUAUGUGAUUUGGGUGGGGCAGGAGCAGUUGUCAGAUUUCGCUCUUCCGUUCUUCUUUGCUAUCCUAUUUUCAAAUGCAUUUCUGCAACCACAAUGUCCGCUCCUUUAUAUUCUCUACACGUACGAUUGUGUCGCUACUCACCCUAGUAAUAGGGUUGUCAAAUUUGCAGAUGACACAACCGUGAUUGGGCUCAUCUCUGAAAGGGAGGGUGAAACGGAUUAUAGAGAUGAGGUGGAGCGACUGACAGAGUGGUGCAGAGCUAACAACUUGCUCAUAAAUACAAGGAAGACAAAGGAGCUUGUGGUGGACUUCAGGAGACAGAAGAGCAACGUCCAGCCACUUUUGAUUGAUGGGGUCUGUGUGGAGAGGGUAACAAUGUUCAGAUUUUUGGGCAUUGAAUUACAAGAGGAUCUGUCCUGGAGUGUCAACACAAGGGGGCUUGUGAAGAAGGCGCAGCAGAGACUGUACUUUUGAGAAUACUAAGGAAAAACCAUCUUCCGCAGAAACUGCUGCUUGCCUUCUAUCACUGUGCCAUUGAGAGCGUGCUCACUUAUGGCUUAUGUGUGUGGUACGGAAGCUGUACUACCCAGGACAGGAUGGGGUUGUGCAGGGUUGUUAAGGCAGCAGAGAGCAUUGUUGGCUGCCCACUCUCCACCUUAGAGCAGAUUUAUGCCACAAGGUGCCAUAGGAAGGCACUGGACAUAGUAAAGAUCCAUCGCAUCCUGGUCACUGUCUCUUCGAGCUCUUGCCGUCGGGACGGAGAUACAGGACGAUGAAGACAAGAACGAGCCGUCUUAAGAACAGCUUCUUCUCCAGAGCGAUCUCGGCCCUGAAUGGGAAGCCCGGACUUUGAAAGUCAUCUAAUCUCCCUUGCUGUAUUAUACUGUAUUGAUUAAUUAGUGUUUUUAUGGAGCAGUCAAGUAAUUUCGUUGUCCCCGAAGGGGGCAAUGACAAUAAAGAUAUUAUUAUUAUUAUUAUUAUUAUUAUUAUUAUUAGAAACAAAACAAGGAGCUAUGAAUUGCAACCAGAAAAAAGGAUCCAAGUGUCCUGAACAUAAACUCCCCCAUUUCUGUUGCCUAUUUUUCACAUUCCUUGUGAAAGUAGCUUGUCUGGAGGGGCUCAAUGAACCUUGUAACCAGUGUUUUUGUUGGACAAGAUGGAUAUUCACAGCUUGUCCAAACUGAUGGUGAUGGGAAUCUGAUUGGCUUUGGAGACAUCCCACAUGCGUCAAAUGCUGCGUCAUGACUUGUCCCCAGUGGGUUGAGACAGAAAACAAAGAUUAGGACCGGGAGCUGUGACAAAAUCCCCCUGCCUGAAGCUCCACCCAAGGGUCAUCUAAUUUCUGAGAACCUUUACCAGCCUUCCCCAACUUGAUGCCCACCAGAUGUUUUGGACUACAACUCCCAUCAGCCCCGGCGCAGCAAGAUGGAGAAGGCUGCCCUGCACUGAUGAUGAAAAGAACCAGAUUUAAUUAUUUGGAGCUAAAGCUUCAGAGUUCAACUAGUGUCAUGAGAAGAAAGAGUAAUCUGUGAACAGGGUCUGCCACCCAUUACCCCACCUUCCGUAUGUUUAUUCCCUCACUACUACUUGUUGUUGUUGUUGCAGUUGCAUUUAUAUCCCGCCAUAUUCUUCAAACAGCUCCUUCCCCGUCCCAUUUAAUCCCCACAAGAACCCUGUAUAAUGUAUGUGAGGCUGGUCGUUGCAGCCAGAUGACCUUGAGACUCUUACAGAUGGUUGAAACACAGCGACGAGCUCAAGGUGCUGGUCCUCAAAGCCGCCUCUUUUGUUGCAAGACUGUUCUUGGGUUAAAAAAAGCACCUCCACUUUGUGAGCAUUAACCACCUUCUCUCCCUCCCUCCCUCUCAGCAAAGCCGCUAUUCAGGCUGUGCAAGCGCAGAACCAGAUCUGCGUUUUGGACAUAGACAUGCAGGGUGUGAAGAACAUCAAGAAAACUGACCUUAAUCCCAUCUACAUCUCUGUCCAAGCCCCGUCCAUAGAAGUCUUGGUGAGUGUGGCUUGGGGGUGAGCUACAGUUCUGUGAAACUGAUACAUGGUAGGGAGUCGGCAAUAGGAAGCCCUCCAAACUGCAACUCCCACCAUCUUUUAGUGUUGCCAAUGCUGGCUGGGGCUGAUGGGAGCUGGAGUCCAGCAGCAUUUGGCAGGCACUGCAGUGGCGACCCCUGAUGUGAUGUGUGCACAGAGUUUUAUAUAGUAAAAUAAGCAACAACAAAACAAUUCCAAAAUCCACAUUUGGCCAGUACCUUUAUUAGAGCCAGGCGAAACGUCACUAAAUAGCAACUCGCUCUUGAGCUCCAUAGAACUCUGCAUCAGACUGAACGUUAAGGGAGAAAACCACUCAGUCUAAUAGUAGGGCCGGCUCUGAAUUCUGGUUUUAUAUCCUAAUAUGAAUUCUGUAGUAGGGACGCAGGUGGCGCUGUGGUCUAAACCACAGAGCCUAGGGCUUGCUGAUCAGAAGGUCGGCGGUUCGAAUCCCCGCAACGGGGUGAGGUCCCGUUGCUUGGUCCCAGCUCCUCCCAAGCUAGCAGUUCAAAAGCACGUCAAAGUGCAAGUAGAUAAAUAGGUACCGCUCCGGCGGGAAGCGUGCGCUGCUCUGGUUACCAGAAGCGGCUUAGUCAUGCUGGCCACAUGACCCGGAAGCUGUAUGCCGGCUCCCUCGGCCAGUAAAGCAAGAUGAGCGCCGCAACCCCAGAAUCGUCCGCGACUGAACCUAACGGUCAGGGUCCCUUUACCUUUUUAUGAAUUCUGUAAGAAAGACAAAAUGUGGUGAGGGCGGCUGUCUUGGGGAGCUUUCAUAGGCUGUUAAAUUAAUCCUCAGCAGGCUGAUCCAUCACUGAUUUAAGACAGUGACUUCCUUGUCUGUGGGCUUCUAAAGACCACUGGACAGUGGAAGCCAACAAUGGGGGAGUCUUCUGACUCUGUACUCUGUUUGCAAGCUUCCUGGAAGCACUGGGCAGGCCACUGCUGUAAACAGAAGGCAGGACCAAAGUGCUCCGUACGGGGCAGUAAAUGCACUGUAGGGCAUUUAAACAGCGGGUGCAUGACACUGUUCCUUCCCUGCCUAAGACCUAGAGGGGUUUGUGCCAGCAUGAAGCACUGGGAGGCGAGAAGAAUGGGACCCACCCUGUUCAUGUUGAGGGUAUAAAUUUUGUUCUCGUUUCUCCCCCUCUGGAAACCUUUAGGAAAAACGGUUACGGGACCGACAGACAGAAACGGAGGAUAGUUUACAGAAGCGGCUGAACGCAGCUCGAAUCGACAUGGAACUUAGUGAGUACACUAGAGUUUUGCGUGCAUGUGUGUUGUUGUUCUAGUCUGGUGUCCUGUUUGUGUGCUUCCCACCAGCGUCCGUGGUUGACCAAUGUGGGAAAUUGGAUGCUGAUCUAGAUGGGCCUUUAGUCUGAACCAGUGGCGCUCAUAUAAGACGGAGAGAGAUUGCAAGAGGGAGAGUAAUGAAGGCAUGAGGGUGGGGUUGAGCUGUGUUUGGUGGAUAGGGGCCUGCCUCACCAAUUGCUGCUUUUGUGCCCCAGAUCCAUCCCUCCCCUGUACAUUUUUACGGGAUCGGCUAGAGGGGAACGGGGGGUGCCUUGCAAGGGCUUAACAUCUUAACACUGGUCCACCAGAAGUGGUUUGGAAUUGUCUCACUAGGCAACAGCAGUGCUUUUCCUCAGGAAAAUGCCAAACGGUGAAAGCAGUCCAUGGCAGCUGGCUGCAAGAAGGCAGUCUCUGAUUCACAAAUAGGCAGAAUCUAUACUGCCCAGGGUCUGGGAAAAGGGCACUUCUGAGAUGCUGGACUUGCUUAGUCACUCUUGUUAUUGCAUCUGGAAGGGAGCAAAGACAGAAGAGUGUCUGUGUGGGUCGCACGUCUCUGGUCUUCUAACUUCUGGUUUAACGGUGGGUGGGUGUGCAUCUGUUUCAAUUUGCCAGGUAAGGAGCCUGGGCUUUUCGACUUGAUCAUCAUUAACAAUGAUUUGGAAGAAGCAUAUACCGAGCUGAAAAAUAUUCUUGCAGAGGUAAGCUAUUUCACUUCCUGGGAACACAGUUCUCUGACUGAAUUGCACGGAUAUUUCCUGGGUCAUGGAAUGAUCCGUUUCCUUGUUUGUCGUCCGUGCAUCUGAUGAAAUCGGCUACAGUCCUCUAAACCUUUUGUACAUUUGUUAGGUAUUUAAGGUGCCACAAGAGUCUCUUCUGUUUUAGCUGUCAGAGACAAACACUGCCUACUCCUUUGGAAAGGGUUUUCUUGUUGCAGCUCCUGGCUCACUUGCUUUAAAGUCCUGUGUGAGGUUCUCCACCCCAUCACCAGCCAAACCAACAUCCUUCCUCCUUCACAGUGGCUAUUUUCUCUGCAGGGUUAGCUGCUUUUAGCUUGAAGCAUGUGAUGGCUGCAGUACUUUAUGCUUCUCCCUAUUUUAUGUCCCUUGACCAAAGUGAUAAAGGCAUUUGAACACUUAUUUUAUUAUUAUUAUUAUUAUUAUUAUUAUUAUUAUUAUUAUUAUUAUUACUAAAAUAAAUCAUACUGCCUAUGCCUGCAAGUCUCAGGGCAGUAUGCAAUUUACAGCAUAAAAUCACAAUAUAAAAACACAAAAUACAUAAUAAAAGUAAGAACAAGAACAGCCCAAUUGUCCUGCUCCUCCCCAAACAAUUUUUAAAAGGCAUUGGAUGUCAACCAUCCCAAGGCCUAGUUGAAGAGGAACGUUUUUACCUGGCACCUAAAGAUGUAUAAUGAAGGUGCCAGACAAACCUUUCUGGGGAGAGCAUCCCACAAACGGGGAGCCACUGCAGAAAAGGCCCUGUUCUCCUGUUGCCACCCUCCGGACCUCUCAUGGAGGAGGCACAUGAGGAAAGUCCUCAGAAGAUGAUCACAGGGCCGGGGUAGUUUCAUACAAAUCACUGUGUAACCAUUUCUUCUCGUUCUCCUCAUAGGAAAUCCAGAAGGCGCAGGGAUCCAAGAAAUCAUGAAUAGCCGCUGGAACCUUUGCAGACCAUUCCUGAAGUCUUUUUGCUGCUUGUUCUUCUGUGUUAGAAACAGACACGCACACAUUCCCUUUUAGCCUGAUAAUGGAAUUCUUUUAGGGCACUUUCUAUUAAAGAAGAAAAUAUCAAACCCAACCUUUGUGCG